AUGUCGCGAAGAGGGGUCAAGGGUACACGUGCAUCAACGAAGACGCGUCGCCGCCGCUCUCGCAACAUCUUUGAGAGGGGUAUACAACCACGGGCGCACGCAUACCACUCUGAGCAUGAGAUAAUUCUGGGUUUGAGAGUGCAAGACAGCGAUGAGAGUCGUAUGAAGAUGGCAGCCCUUGCAAAUUUACGACACCAAGCUGGACCGCAGAUCUCUCGACACUCCCAUGACCACACAGAACAGAUGCCGCCCCGCAGUGCUUCGUCAGUGGAGAAGAGGAAGCGCCGCCCACAUGUUAAGAGCAAGAACGGAUGCUUGACAUGCAAGAGGCGACAGGUACGAUGUGACGAACACAGACCUGAAUGUCUGAACUGCGGACGUCUCAGUCGAAAAUGCGAAUAUCCAGAUAUGAAGGACUCCAGUGUGGCACGUUUAGGCAACCUACCUAUCCGACUUCCAUUGACUGAACAUCCUGGCUGGCUCGAUCGCGACUCGUACUUGUUCAACCAUCUCUCCUGCUUGAUUGGAGACCUUCAGCAAAGACAAAGACAACAGCUUGUAUUUGGAGGACUCGUGUUGCAUGAAACCUUCAAGAUAGCUAUGCAAAAGGACUUCGUUAGGCAUGCGAUUUGCGCUCUUUCUGCUUCUCAUCUUUCUUCUCUUACCAAAACUACGGAUAUGGCACACGCUAGUGCCGAAUAUCGAUACCUUGCAAUACGAGGCCUGCGUCAAAAUUUGUCAGACAGCGAUCCGGACAAUCUCGUUGGAGUCUUGGCCGCUUCGCUGGUACUCUCCUGGCAAGCUCCUUCGAGUGACGAGUACACGCAUACGAUGCAAGGAGUCAAGAGCGUGCUUGACUUCAUGGAUGUCAACCAACAACAUUCUGAUCUGAGAUCGCUUCUUGCAUCCUCCGAUGAAGUCUCCAUCUUACGAGACGCCACUUUUAGCCUUCCGGAGCGACCUUUGACCAGAGCUCUCACGGUACUAAGUACAGUUUUGAAGAGGAUACGAAGUUUCAAGGUUGAUGAUGAAUUCAAGCGCGGCAUCAAAGAGCUCUCAAAUUAUGUCUCUAGUCUGGCAAUGCUCUCAGUGACAAAUACACCGGCCGAAUACCAGUUGCAAGCACUCUACCCUAUCAGGAAUUGGAUGUACUGGUUCCCUAGCGCUUUCCAACGCCUCGCUCAGGGAGAUCCAGUCGUUAUGCUAUUCUUCGCAUGCUACGAAAUGGUUCAUCUCGCCAUCGCACCCGUCCUCCCAGCGACAAAUACCCCUUUGAGCAUUCUGAAGCGAGCGAAGAUUAUCGAGAAUUUGGAUCGACAAUUGAUAAGUCUCGAAAGCUCUAUACACGUCUCUGGAUUUACUUCGGACGAACGAUCACAGACUCUCCAGAUAUUGAAAAGCUUGAUGGCUGGACCUCGCUCAUGGACUCAGACGAACGUCAUAACGUGA